UAUGAUAUCAUUAUUAAGUCUAUGCGAAAUCAAAACAGACUCACAAACGGCUACAGUACCAAGCAGUGAUGUGUAUAAUUGUGAAACUGGACAAACAGGAACACGAACAACAACAUGUGGAAUGUGCUCCAGUGGAAGAAUUCCUUCAUCGAAUCGACUUAAAUGCUUCAAAUGCCCAGACUUCUGUUCAAAAGGAAAAUGUACACUGAAAACUGAUGUAUCAAAUGAAAAUGAUGCAACUCUAUGUUCACAGUGCAUUGAACACUAUUUUCUAGACACUGGAAAAUGCUCCGAAUGCUCAACUGGAUGCAGAAACUGUACAAGUGCAACAUCAUGUCUUGACUGUUACUCUAACUAUGCUAUGAAUGAUGCCACUAAGCUGUGCGUUCUUUGCCCAUCCAACUGUGUUAAAUGCACUUGGAAUUCUGCCACUUCAAAUGCUGAUUGUGACACUUGUGCUGAUAGAUAUGUCAAAAAAGACACCGGCUGCACAUCUUGUCUAUCCUACUGCAAAUCUUGUACUUAUAACAAAGACACUGGUGUCAGUUGUAGUUCUUGUGACACAAAUGCAUACAAGGAAAUAACCAAUAAUAUCAACACAUGUAAAUUAUGCUCCACUGCAAUUUCUGGUUGUAACAAGUGUUCUGACAAAGAUACUUGUACUGAAUGCAUGUCUAAAGCCUAUGCUUUAACAACAUCAAACAAAUGUGAAACAUGUAGUUCCAUUCAUUCAGCAUGCACUGAAUGUGAUGCCAGCAGUGGCACAAACAAAUGUAAGACCUGUAAAAGUGGCUAUUAUCUUAAGGAUGAUUCCUGUUCUGUCUGUCCAAGAAACUGUGACACCUGUGAAGAAACAAAUAGCAUUGUCAAAUGCACGAAAUGUAAAGUUGACUACACAGUAGUUGAUCUGAAGAGUUGUGAUAGAUGUCCAGAUAAUUGUCUUGAAUGUGAAGUUUCUGGUAGUAAACUGGUGUGUAAAUCUGGCAGAUGUGCAUCAAAAUAUGCUCUAAACUCAGACAACUUGUGCUCAAAGUGUCCUGAUAAUUGUAAGGCAUGUUCCUGGAGUUCAUCAAAUUCUAGAACAGAAUGUAGUGGAACAGAUGCGAGUCAUUCAUGUGUUGAAAAUGAAGGUGGAAAAUCAUGGGGAAGAAAAAGUGAUGGAAAAUGUAUAGCUUGUCCUGGAAAUUGUUUAAAAUGUUAUUUCAAAUCUUCUUCUGCGUCUUCACCAAUUUGUUACGCUUCAAAAUGUCAAAAUGGAUUUGCUUUUGAUGAUGAUACUGGAAAUUGCGUUUCUUGUCCUUCUGGAUGUGACUACUGUAAAAAGAGAGGUUCUACUAUAACAUGCUUAAAGUGCAGUGCAAAAUAUGCACCUAAAUAUAAUGCAAAUAGUGGAGCCAUUGAUUCUUGUAUGUCAUGUACAAUUUCCAACUGCGACUAUUGUGAAGUGAUUGGUGACAAAGUGGAAUGUUUAAGAUCUCCUUGUGCCUCUAAAGCAACCAAUUCAAAUAACAAAAAGUUUUCAUUUUCAAGUAAAACUUGUGCUACAAGUUGUCCUACUGAUUCAAUGUGUGCAACCAAAAAAGUUAAUGAUGAAAAUGAAGCCUGUUUUUGUAGAUCUUGUCCUGCAGGAAGUGCUGUAAUUCUGGCAGGAGCAAAUGCCGGAGUGUGUAAAUCUUGUGGAACAGAUUGUGAAGACUGUGGACUAUCAACUGACAAGAUGGAUGUUGAAUGUAAGACAUGUAAAGGUUCAAAGCAAUGGGUAUCAAUAGAAGUAUCUAGUAAUGUUGUAAAAGGAUGUUAUGACUGCACUGUUGCAUCACCACAAUGUAAAGUGCUACAACUUUCUGGAAGUACUUGUAUAUGCAAAGCAGGUGAAUGUAUGGGCGAUAUGAGUAUUAGUGGUAAACACUCUGUUCUACAAGAAACUUCUGGAACACAAGGCUGUAAAGCUUGUGGUGAAGCAAUCGCAAAUGCUCUCUGGUGUGGAGGUACCCAUGCUGCAGCAACACUUGCUAAUUGCGAAUAUGGAUAUAUAGAGAAAUCUCCUUCAUCUGGCACAUGCAUACCAAUUCCUACCGGCUGUAAGACAUAUACAGAUGUUGCAACUGGGUCACCAGAACAUGCAACAUGUACUGAUUGCGCAAAAGGAUAUGUGGUUGAUACAGCUUCUUGUACACCAUGUCCUCCUGGUUGUUCUGAUUGUUCUGCUGUAUCUGGUCAACCAACAAUAUGUACAGCUUGUACAGAUCCUACGAAAAAUGGUAUUGACUGUCUAACACCAGUAGCUACCUGUACCUCUCCAGUGCCUCAUUGUGAUAAAAAAUGGGCAUCAGUUGCUCACCCAGCAACUGAUGGAAAUUGUAAAUGUAUAAGAUGUAGUAAUACAUUUGCAGUUGACACACCUGUGAUACAUACAAAUAAUUUAAUAGGAGACUGUGCUGCUGGUGUACCCGCUUCUCCUACUCAAUUAACUGAUUGUGAACAACAAUAUAAUGAACCAACACCUGCUCUCCAUUGCGUAAGAUGUGCUAAUAAUAAAGUACUACAAGGAAAUGCAUGUGUAGCAGCAGUAACUGACUGCAAAGACAAUUACUCAUAUUUUUCAUCGACUCCUAAAUGCCUUAUUGCUGCUGCGGGCAAAAUGAUGGAUGCUGGAUCAGACACAACAGUCAUUACAGUUGAUCCUACAGCACUAGCAUCAGGAAAUUGCAAAGGUUAUAUUGCAUCAGCGGCAUCACCUGCUCCAGCAACUAGUGGCCGAUGUGGUGGGUGUGAUACUGGAUUUACUCUAGAUUUUUCUCCAACUAAAUAUGAUUGUGUAGCAUGUACUGCUGCUGGAUUGGAUCAUUGUACAUUUGCUGUAUCUUCAGGAGGUACAUGUAUGUGUGGAAGAUGUACUGCUGAUGGAUCAGGAAAAGUAUACCAUAAACAUCCUACAUUAACAGGAUGUGUACAAAAUAAUGAAAUUACCAAUUGUGCUACUCACACAUUGAAACUUAAAAAUGGAGCUUAUGUAGUAGCAUGUGCUGCCUGUUCAGGUGCAAAUGUUUUGGCUGCAGAUGGAUUGUCAUGUGUGGCCUGCUCAAAAACUUGUACUGGAGGAACAAAAGUAGUUGCUGCUGGUGCAUCAACAUGUACAUGUGAUUGUUCUGCUGUUGGUUUUGUAAAUAGUAAUGGAGAUGAUUGCAUUGCUUGUGUAAUAGCUGGAAAAACAGGAUGUUCAGAGGUACAACUAAAUGGGGCAUCAUGUGAAUGCAAAACAUGCAAUGCCAAUUUUGUUAUGAAAGCAGAUAAAUCAGAAUGUGUUGCUUGUAACACUGGUCCUGGUGGUGCAACUUCCAACUGUAAAAAUUGUAACUUAGCAUCUUCUCCAGUUAAUCAAGUAUCAGCUUGCUCUGAUUGUGACAGUAGAUAUGCAUUACACACAUCUUCAACACCUGGAACUAGUCCAUCAUGUAUGGCAUGUGGUACAGGAUGUACAACCUGUACAGUAGAUACAUCUGGAGUUUCUGCUACAACUGAUAACAAAUGUACAGUUUGUCAAUCUGGUUAUGCACUCAAUAAUGUAGGACUGUGUAUUCAGUGUCCUACAUCACCACAGGCCUGUUCGGAAUGCAGAAUUGAUCCUGAUGAUCAAACAAGAACACUAUGUCUAUCAUUUGGAUGUGGAGCUGCUGCUCUAAGAGAUAGUGAUUUCACUUGCGAUACAUGCGCCUCUCUUACUGGUUGUGACAUUUGUGUUAAACAAAUUGGUGAUACUCUGAAAUGUUUGAAAUGCAAUUCUGGAUAUUAUAUGGAUAGUAAUAGUGUAUGUCAGACAUGUGUAUCUGGAUGUGAUUUCUGUGUAGAUGGAACAACUUGUAUCCCCAAUGGUUGUAAGGACGGAUUUAUCAGACAUAGAACAGAAGGAACUUGCACACCAUGUACGGGAAGUGGAGUUUCAAGAUGUGCAUACGAGACAGCAACUAGUGAUACUCUCAUACCAAAGAUAUGCAAAACAGGAUAUAAAUUAAACACUGCUAUUUCACCAGUAGCAUGUGAAAAGUGUGAUCCUAAUUGUAAAAGCUGCGAAACAAAUGGAAAAGACAAGUGUGAUUCAGGACAAUGUAAUUCUGGUUAUUUCUUUGAUUCUAGUGAUCAAAAGUGUUACAACAAUAAAGCUGGUUGUCUUGCUUCAACUAGAAGUAAUGGAAAGAUCACUUGUUCAUCAUGUAAUACAGCAACUUCGGUACUUUCCAAUGGUGAAUGUAAAACAUGUCCUACUGGUUGUAGUGGAUGUUCAUUUGAUGCUCAAACAAGCAAAUUUACUUGUUCAUCUUGUAUAGCAAAAUAUUACAAAACAUCUGAUAAUUUGUGUUUGCCUUGUCCAACUGGUUGCAGUGCUUGUUCUCUCAAUGGAGCAUCAGUUGAAUGUACAAGUUGUCUUGCAACAUAUGGUUUGAAAGGAACUGCGUGCGAAUUAUGUGGUAUUGGAGAAUGUCAAACAUGUUCUGUUCCAUCUGGUGGAAGUGGUUUGGUUUGUUUAACAUGCUCAAAUAAGUUUUAUUUGAAUAGUGAUGAUUGUGGUCAAUGUCCGAAAUUCUGUAAAGAAUGUUCAUAUAAUCAAAAAUAUGAAUGUACAAAGUGUUAUGAUAGAUAUGCAAAGGCAUCAGAUGGAACAUGUGUACCGUGCCCAUCAAACUGUGAAACAUGUACAGCCAAUGCAGAUAAGACAACAAGAUGUACAAAAUGCAUAUCAAAGUCAUUUUCUUUAAAAACUGAUGGAACUUGUGUACCAUGUUCGGAAGCUGUUUUUGCUAAUUGUGCAACUUGUGGACCAACUCCUUCAGGUGGAAAAGCGAAAUGUGAUAUGUGUAGUGGAGGAUUUACUCUACAAGAUGAUAAACUAGCCUGUGUUUCAUGUUCAAUUACGGGAUGUGGAAUGUGUGCACAUGGUCGCAUAUGUUCGAAAUGUAAAUCAGGAUUCUAUUUACAUAAUUAUGAUAGAGAAUGCGCAAGAAAAUGUUUCGAAUGUAAAGGAAAUCAGGCAGACUGUGGAAAUGAUAUAUCAAGUACCAAGAAUUCUACUGAUAAAGUGAAGGUAAUUGAUUGUGGAAUUGGUGAUUGUUGGGCCUAUAGAACAGAAAUUUCGGGAACAAUAACAUUUGCAAGAGGAUGCUCAAAUGAAACUUGCACAUCCGCUAAUGAAAAUGAAAAUUGUAAAACGGUAAAUGGAAAGAAAGAAUGUGUACAGUGCUGUAGAGGAGAAAGAUGUAAUACUUGGGCAUUGGAUGGUAAAGCAGGCGUAGCAGGAUUAUUUGCAACAUGUUUCAUUAUUGCUGUAUCAAGUAUCCUUUCCAUCUUAAUCAAUUGA